GAGGCUCUGAGCGGUCUCCAUGGUUACUGAACGACUGGCGGCAGUGGCGGGCUGACCGUUGUGCGUCUGAGAGGAGACUAGUGCAGUUCAAGAUAGUUUAAUUAGUUAGUUAGUGUAAGUUAGUUAGUUGAGUGAUUAGGUGAGCGAUCUCUGAUCAUGGCCAAAAGUGACAGCUGCUCAUAUUUCAGGAGAACCAGCUCGUUCUGGAUGCUGGUCGUGUCGAUUUAUAUUAUUCUUCACACGUGGACUGCGUUUUGGCCUCAGGACGUCCCGUAUGGCCUUCUGGGUCCUCUAGGCGCUCUGGCCAAGUAUUUCGUGGACUACCAUCAUCCUGCGCUGUAUUAUGGCUGGUUUCUGAUGUUUGCCAUCCAUGUGUGUGAGGUUCUGUUUGCGCUGAAGGUGUGCAGUGAUAAAGGCAUCGACAGCUCGUCCGCACGCUUGCUGUGGAUCGCUCAGACGUUUCUGUUUGGUCUGACGUCUCUGGGUCUUCUGAUCAAAUACAAGCCGGACAGCCGACCCAAACGCCAGUGACCCACACCAGAGCUCGUUUCCCAGAGCACACUGAUCUUUAUACUCAGGUUAUGUUUGAAAUGUUCAUCUAAAGCACUUGUUCCAUGCCAGUUUGAACACUGUGCAGCUAAAUAUUCAGUGAGCACGCUAUAGAAGCUCUAAUAGUUCUUUAUGGUUUUAUUUGAAACAGUUUUGAUUAAGAAAUAGCUGUAACAGUUGACCGUGUCUCUGGUCAUUUAAAAGAAAUGUAAAUAAACGCCCUGUUUUGA